UAAAACGGUAAAUGGACUGUGUUCUUUUUAAUACGCUUUUAUUAGCUUCACUUGUUUCAAUAAUUGUCACUCUCGUUUGUUUGGCAUUUGAAAUCAGAUGUGUUAAUUUGUGCGAAAUUGUGAUUAUUUAAUAAAAAACAGAAAUGAGUGAAUUACCAGCAACUGCGAGUACAUUACAUAUACAAACACGACAACGUUCUGAACAAGUUGUGAAUAUUGAACUAAUUGGAAGAAUUUCUCAUCAGAUAACAGGUGCUAAACUACCAUCGAAAAAACAAGUACUGCAAUUACUAUUUUACAACAUUAGAUUUGUGUAUCGGCAAUUGAGAGAAAGUGCAAAAUUAACAAUAAAUGCUGUAUUAAUAUUCUGGCAACAAGCUCGAAUUCCGACAAAGGAUGUAGCUAGGUGUGUCGAUAAAUUAGAAUCUCUGUACAAAUUAUGGCAGAAGAUUCAAAAAACCGUACCAAAUAAGAGAUCUGAUGCUCAGAAAAAAAUUGUUGAAGACUUUUCUGCAGAAUUGAAUAAUUUGUUUGACAUUGCUCAUAGAGAUGCCUUACUAAACAUGCGUAUUAGCGAAGACAAGGAAUUUUUGAUUCUACAAAGACAAAAAUGUCGGCCUGGUAGCAUGGCCGGUGCUGACAUGGUAUUGUAUCGGCGACAAAACAGAGCAGAUCACCGCAUUGAGAAAGAAAUGUCUAGGAAAAGGAAACAUCAACAAAUGUCGGAAGUGAAUCUCGAACUCAACGAACUCGACGAUUUUGGUAUGGACUAUGAAGAAGAUAUUGGUGACAGUGAGCCUGAAGUAGCGGAAACCAAUGUGAAAAAAAAUACAAAACACACUGCUUCAACUUGUACUAACAGGGGAAGAAAACAUUUUAUCACACCGCGAUUGCUUUCAGCACUUGAUAGCGCCAAAGUAAGCGAUGGAAAGGUGAUGCACAUUCUGAUGGCGACUGCAGAAGCAUUGGGCCAUUGCACUAGCGACUUGGUAGUCAAUCGUUCUACUCUCCAUAGACUGAGGGAAGAGCAUCGCAGAAAAGAAUCACAGAGGAUUCAAGAGAGUUUUAUUGACAAACUAAGUGAUACACAAGCAAUGGUCGUCCACUGGGAUGGUAAAGUAUUGCCAGAUCUAAUUGGAAAAAUAAAAGUUGAGCGAAUUACAGUGCUUGUUAGUUAUAAUGGCGAAUCCAAAUUUCUAGGCGCUCCAAAACUUAUAUCUGCCACUGGUGAAGAUAUAGCUACAGCCGUUUUUGAUACACUUAAUAAAUGAAAUAUUUUAGAUCGCGUAGAAGGCAUGUCUUUUGACACCACAUCCACUAAUACUGGUCCAAUAAAUGGAGCAUGCGCUCAAUUGCAACGCAUGUUAGGAAGACAUUUGUUGACGUUACCAUGCCGUCACCACAUUCUAGAAAUAUACUUGCGUAGUGUAUUCGACCUGCAUUUCAAAGUGACUCAAGCACCAGAAGUCUCAAUUUUCGAGAGAUUUGCCAAAGCCUGGCCAAAUAUUGACAAUUCAUCAUUUAAGAGUGGGCUCGACUGUGAAGAUAUAAAAUCUCAUAUAAGUGAUGGCAUCUGCAAUGACAUCAAACAAUUUUGUCAUUCACAAUUACAAAAAACGUUUGUUCGUGCUGUCCACGAAGAAUUUUUACGUCUAGUACUUACAUUUCUUGGUGACAAUGGUGGUAAAUUUAAAACUCCCGGAGUUACAAGUCAUGCACGUUGGAUGUCAAAGGGAAUAUAUUCCUUGAAAAUAUUUCUGUUUCGUGAUCAAUUUCACUUGAGUAAAGCUGAAUUAAAAGGUUUAAGUCACAUUUGCGUUUUUUUAGUGCGUUUAUAUAUAAAAGCUUGGUACAAAUGCUCCAAUGCAAUUACCUCUCCCCUGCAGGAUUUAAGCUUUGUAAAACAAUGUAUUAAUUAUGAAAAAGUGAACCCAAGUAUUUCUUCGGAAUUGCUGAGAAAAAUGCAACAACACAUGUGGUAUUUGUCAGAGGAAAACGUCGCAAUGGCUUUCUUUGAUUUCAAUGUUUCAGUAGAUGUUAAGAAAAAAAUGGUAAAAAAUUUAAAAUCAGAAGAGCCAAC